UGUAUGUUUGUGUUUGUGUAUGCCUGUGAAACUUUCAUAAGGCAACACAGUCAAAUGCAAAGGUUCUUUUUGUGUCACAGACACUUUUGGCAGUUCGGUCAAGCCUUCUCAGAACAAUGUUUUUAAAUGUAUUAAACAAAAUACAGAGGAUUAAAAAGAUACCCAACUGUUUUGAUAUAGUUUAGCAAAAUACUAAAAACAACAAACAAUAGCAACAACAACAACAACAACAACAACAACAACAAAGCAGACAAGUUCAUGGGCCCCAGCUGAAGAACUUCUGGUCUAUUGGACAGAUUAUUGAGCUAGGAAUCAGGAAUCAUGGCUCUGGGCAAUAUUCCUACCAUAUUGUUGUCUUAUCUAGAGCAGGCCAGUUAUCUUUUACAUUAUUACUGUUUCAUUCAGAGGUAUUGUGAGAAUUUAGAUACAUGAAGAAUAGUGUGGUCCUUGAAUGUAGACCAGUAUAUAGAGGGUAUGAUGGUUGUAGAAUUUUUAGAGUCAAUGUUGGAUGAAAUCUUUUAUAUGUCAAAUAUUUCUGUUUAUGGUGAAAUAAGCUAGAAUCGAUUCUCCUGAUGAAAAAAACAGAGAAUAAAUGUCUUAUGUUGGCACUUACAACAAACAGUUGGUUGGGUACAUUGGAGAUCUAAUAUCUUGGAGAAAGGGAAAGAGAGAGAGAGAGAGAGAGAGAGAGAGAGAGAGAGAGAGAGAGAGAGAGAGAGAGAGAGAGAGAGAGAGAGAGACAGAGAGACAGAGAGACAGAGACAGAGACAGAGAGAGACAGAGAGAGAGACAGAGAGAGAGACAGAGAGACAGAGAGAGACAGAGACAGAGACACACAGACAGACAGACAGAAGAGAUAGAGACAGAGACAGAGAGAGACACAGAGAGAGACUAUAAUAGAAACUCAAAGAAACUUGCGGUCUCUAAGCAUCUGAAAGCUGGGGAAUUGAUUUGACAUUGUUAAACUUUACAAGUAUAUUUAUCUUUUGGGUUUUUAUGAAGCCCUCAAGAAAAACUUGUUUAACAAUCUCCACUACUCCCCCCAACUGCAUGGCUUCUUUACAUCAUGCUUACAUAGUCUUUGGGAUGUUGAAUGCUCUUGUUAUACUUCAUAUCCCCAACUACUAUCCUCAGAAAAGGGGAAGGAGAUAUUUUAUUUAGCAGAAGCAUGUUCCAUAAGCUACUCUUCUCUCAGGAAACAUUCCACAAGCAUCAUUUUAACUAUAGGGAGAUGUAUUCAGAGAACAGAGCCAGAUAUUUAAACCAUUUGUAUUUUUCUGGCAAAAUGAUAUUCACUUAUCAAGUGAACUCUUCCUUAUUUUUUUUUAACCCCUUACUUUUCAUCUUAGAAUCAAUACUGUGUAUUGGUUCCAAGGCAGAAGAGCAGUAGGGCUAGGCAAUAGGGGUUAAGUGUUUUUCCAGGGUGACACAGCCAGGAAGUGUCUGAGACCAGAUUUGAACCCAGAACCUCCCAUAUCUAGACUUUCAAUCCACUGAGUCACCUACCUGCCCAAAGCUUUCCUUAUUGAAAACUAUUUUCUAAAGAAGGGUGAUUGUAUGAAAAGGAUGUUAGAGGGUAUGGAGCAUCCCAACUGAUACCUUGGGUUCUAACCUUGCUGCUUUCUUUGGGACUUCCACUUCCUAACAUGUUUAACAAGGUGAUUAAAAAAACCUUUCCUUCCAUCUUAGAAUCAAUACUAUGUAUUGACUCCAAGGCAGAAGAAUGGUAAGGGCUAGGCAAUGGGGAAGUGUAUGAGGUCAGAUUUGAACCUAGCACUUCCCAUCUCUAGACCUGACUCUUAAUCCAGUGAGCCACCAAUUGCCCUCUUAACAAGGUGAUUCUUAUUGUCAUGAACAAUACACUGGGCCCUCUUCCUGAAGUAUACUAUAUCUUGAUAGCAAAGAACAUAUUUGAAUUGUAGUUAUGUAUGUAAGCAACAUGGGAUUCAUUUAGGUAAAGAGACACUGGAUCUUUUCUUAAAAUUAUCUCCUAUUCUGUAUGAAAUAUAAUAUGAAAGGAGAACUAGAAGGGUGGAAUGAUGAUGUAUCAGCUUGAUUUGGAAUAUGGAGACUAAUCUUGAGCUGCCAGAAUGGAAGAUAAGAAAAGCCACAAUGGGAAGUUUCUGAUGCUCAAGAGACUGAUAAAGCUGAACUGGAGUUGAUUAAUGCUUACACCACUGGACCAUAGCUAAAUACUUUUUUGGACAGUGAUGCUUGCUUUGCUUUUGAGUUGGUUCUCUGACUUGGUCAGUUUGUGGGUUUCUUCUCUCUCCUCCUGUGCCUCCUCUAAUACCUAAGACUAUUUUGGUUUGUUUGAGACAACUUAAGGACUAUGAGAAUGGUCAUUACAAAUCCCAAUAGUACUUGAGCAGUAUAUGAGUAAUGCUUAAGAGUGGGUGAGUGUAGGGUCUUCCCUAACAGAAUAUACAACUGUUAAUUUCAUGUGUUGAAAUUCAAAAAGGAGUUACAUUACAAAGUUUCCAGAAAAAGAUCUCUCAAUCUAUGUAUUCCACUCAGUGAAUUUUCUAGGAUCUGGACAUAUAUGUGACCUAAGAUCCUAUAUGGACAGAAAGUCUUUCCUGGAACACAGAUUAACAAGCUAAAUUACAGUACUUGUUUAAUUACGUAGUAGCUUUCCAUUCUAUCAAUUCUCCCCAAUAAUCAAAUGUAUUCCUUCAAGCAGGACAGUUAUGCAUUGUCUCUAGUGGGCUAUUUGCAUGGAAUCACCAGAACCCAAUGUGAUUGAUGUCCCUGUGUCAUUAGGUGAAUAGGAAAGUUGUUAAUGACAUCUUAACCAAGUUGCUGUAGAUUCUGGAAAGUUGGUUUCUUGUGGUCUACUGAGAAAUAGGCAUGUGUUUCCUUCAUCAGUUAACAUGAUGCAUCUCUCCUUGUCUUCUUUUUCUUUGCGUCUCCUUUGUGUUUGUGUGUGAGUGUGCUGGGAACAUUAAUCCUGUUUCAUGCUCAUUACUGCUUCACAACUGUUCAGUAAUUACUGGAAAAACGAGCCUUGGCCUUUAAUGAUCAUUACCCACGUGCCCCUCUUCCAAGAUGUGGGGAUGCCUUCCUUUCGUGGUUCCGAUUCUCUCCUCCUUCAUCACUCAGCUGGCAAAGCCAAGCAGAGCCCAGAUUAUGCUGUGUUUUCCCACUGACAGCCCCAUUUGAUUCCCCUGCUUAAUGCAGAUCCCUAAUGCAGGCUCACGUGGGUCUGUAAAUGACACAAUGAGGACUAAGCUAUUCCCAGCCUUCUGAAGCUUGUACACCCGUGGAUUGGUACAAUCGUGGCUUCUUGCAGGUGAACUCAACGUCCCUGGUCCCCGGCUCGGAAUGCAGCAGCUUGGUUGUUUGCCUUCUUCCCCAUCUGCUUUUUUUUUUUAAUGAACCUAAAAUGAGAAAAUAUAGGAGAGGUUUUUAAGAAGAGAGAAGGAAAGAAAUCCAUGUCAUGUGCUUCAGCAGAGGCAGUUUGAGCAACCGCGGUAGCAGCAAGCACCAGCAACAGGAACACGGCAGCAGCAAGUCAUUAAGGCAGACUGCACCAUUUUCUUCUCACCCUGCAUAGAGGUGCUCCUGGGAGCUGCAAUCCACAGCCCACCCCCUAUUGGUACGACGGAGGUGGCUUCUUCCUGGCCCCAGUCAGAGGGCACAGAUUGUCUGGAGGAGUUACAAAAGACUCUUCCAGUUGGGGAUGUGUGCCUAAAGGAUGGCUAUUUCACCUGGUCAGAUGCUUAUUUGCCCUUAUAGCCACAGAACUGCAGAAGAGGCUCCCGUUUAGCACUCCUCGUUGGUGUUUUCUGUUUUUCCACCUGGCAUCUCAUUCUCUCUGCAUGAGCAUUUGUGUGCAGGUGUGUAUUUGUGGGAGUGUUUUGGUAUGCUGCAGUGAAUUAUGGGUGGUGCAGAGGCUAAAGGAAGAGUGUGACCUAUCACGGAGGUGGAGAAGUAUAUGAUUCUGUGAGUGGUUUUGGCUGCCAGCCGUUGCUCCGUGGGGGGGAGGAAAUCUUUAUCUAUAUGCAACAUCACCUGGAUUGCUGUGGAGUGGAAAUUAAUUCUCAGGGACUGCCACUGUCUGCUUCUGCAAAAUGGCUCAUGCUGCUGCUUCCAUUAAGAAAGUUCGGGAGGCUGAGCUCGAUGAAAAGGAGAAAAACCUUGAGAGGGAGAGAAAAAAACAACGGAAAAUCCCUAGGGAGCGAAUAGAGAGGAAACGCAAGUCUGACAGCAAUGCCAGCUUUCUCAGAGCAGCCAGAGCUGGCAAUCUCGACAAAGUCGUAGAAUAUCUGAAGGGAGGAAUAGACAUCAACACAUGCAAUCAGAAUGGACUCAAUGCCUUGCACCUGGCAGCCAAGGAAGGCCAUGUGGGACUGGUCCAAGAGUUGUUGGGAAGAGGAUCAGCAGUAGAUUCUGCCACUAAGAAGGGAAAUACAGCUCUACACAUUGCAUCUUUGGCAGGACAAGCUGAAGUUGUCAAAGUUCUGGUUAAAGAAGGAGCCAAUAUUAAUGCGCAGUCUCAGAAUGGCUUCACUCCUCUAUAUAUGGCAGCUCAAGAGAACCACAUUGAUGUAGUGAAAUACUUGUUGGAAAAUGGAGCUAAUCAGAGCACUGCUACUGAGGAUGGCUUCACCCCCCUGGCUGUGGCACUGCAACAGGGACACAACCAAGCUGUGGCAAUCCUCCUGGAGAAUGAUACCAAGGGGAAAGUCCGGCUGCCUGCUCUCCACAUUGCUGCUAGGAAAGACGAUACCAAAUCUGCAGCCCUCCUGCUCCAAAAUGACCACAAUGCUGAUGUUCAAUCCAAGAUGAUGGUGAAUAGGACAACUGAGAGUGGUUUUACCCCAUUGCACAUAGCUGCACACUAUGGAAAUGUUAAUGUGGCGACACUUCUUCUCAACCGAGGAGCUGCUGUGGACUUCACAGCUAGGAACGGAAUCACUCCUCUGCAUGUGGCUUCCAAAAGGGGAAACACAAAUAUGGUGAAGCUCUUAUUGGAUCGUGGAGGUCAGAUCGAUGCCAAAACCAGGGAUGGGCUGACACCACUUCAUUGUGCAGCACGGAGUGGGCAUGACCAGGUGGUAGAACUUCUUCUAGAACGAGGAGCCCCCUUGCUGGCAAGGACCAAGAAUGGACUAUCUCCACUCCACAUGGCUGCACAAGGGGACCAUGUUGAAUGCGUUAAGCACCUACUACAACAUAAAGCCCCAGUGGAUGAUGUCACUCUGGAUUACCUAACUGCCCUCCAUGUUGCUGCACACUGUGGACACUAUCGUGUGACCAAACUUCUCCUGGACAAGAGAGCCAAUCCCAACGCCAGAGCCUUGAAUGGUUUUACUCCACUGCACAUUGCGUGCAAGAAAAACCGCAUCAAAGUCAUGGAACUGCUGGUGAAAUAUGGGGCUUCAAUCCAGGCUAUAACAGAGUCUGGCCUCACACCAAUACAUGUGGCUGCUUUCAUGGGCCACCUGAACAUAGUCCUCCUUCUGCUGCAAAAUGGAGCCUCUCCAGAUGUCACUAACAUUCGUGGAGAGACUGCACUACAUAUGGCAGCCCGGGCUGGGCAGGUGGAAGUAGUCCGUUGCCUUCUAAGAAAUGGUGCUCUUGUGGAUGCCAGAGCCAGGGAGGAACAGACUCCCUUGCACAUUGCUUCUCGCCUGGGUAAGACAGAAAUAGUCCAGCUGCUUCUACAACAUAUGGCUCACCCAGAUGCAGCCACUAAAAAUGGAUACACACCCCUGCACAUCUCAGCUAGGGAAGGCCAGGUCGAUGUGGCCUCGGUACUUCUGGAAGCAGGAGCAGCACACUCUUUAGCUACCAAGAAGGGAUUUACACCACUGCAUGUAGCUGCAAAAUAUGGGAGCUUGGAUGUGGCAAAAUUGCUCUUUCAACGCCGUGCUUCCCCGGAUUCUGCUGGCAAGAAUGGCCUCACCCCACUCCAUGUUGCUGCUCAUUAUGACAACCAGAAGGUGGCGCUGCUGUUACUGGAGAAAGGUGCAUCUCCUCAUGCCACUGCCAAGAAUGGCUAUACUCCACUGCAUAUUGCUGCUAAGAAGAAUCAGAUGCAAAUAGCUACCACAUUAUUGAACUAUGGAGCAGAGACCAAUAUUGUGACUAAGCAAGGGGUCACCCCACUUCAUCUGGCUUCUCAGGAAGGCCAUACUGACAUGGUAACUCUGCUCCUGGACAAAGGAUCCAAUAUCCACAUGUCAACUAAGAGUGGACUGACAUCCUUGCAUCUUGCUGCUCAGGAAGAUAAAGUAAAUGUUGCUGAAAUCCUUACUAAGCAUGGCGCCAACAAGGAUGCUCAGACUAAGCUUGGUUACACUCCUUUAAUUGUGGCUUGCCACUAUGGAAAUGUAAAAAUGGUCAACUUUCUUCUGAAGCAAGGAGCAAAUGUCAAUGCAAAAACCAAGAAUGGCUACACUCCGCUGCAUCAGGCUGCCCAACAAGGCCACACUCACAUCAUCAAUGUUCUUCUCCAGCAUGGGGCUAAACCAAAUGCUAUUACUGCUAAUGGCAACACUGCUCUAGCAAUUGCUAAACGUCUGGGAUACAUCUCUGUGGUCGAUACGCUGAAGGUUGUAACUGAGGAGGUCACUACCACCACAACGACGGUUACUGAAAAACAUAAGCUAAAUGUACCUGAGACAAUGACCGAGGUCCUUGAUGUUUCUGAUGAAGAAGGUGAAGAUACCAUGACAGGAGAUGGUGGAGAAUACUUGAGACCUGAAGAUCUGAAAGAAUUAGGUGAUGACUCUCUGCCCAGCAGCCAGUUCCUUGAUGGUAUGAGUUACCUGAGAUACAGCUUAGAAGGAGGACGAUCUGACAGCCUUCGAUCCUUCAGUUCAGACAGGUCCCACACACUGAGCCAUGCCUCCUACCUGAGGGAUAGUGCCAUGAUUGAUGAGACAGUUGUGAUCCCCAGCCACCAGGUAUCAACUCUGGCCAAGGAGGCAGAAAGGACUUCCUAUCGUCUUAGCUGGGGUACUGACCAUUUAGAUAAUGUGGCUCUUUCUUCUAGUCCAAUUCAUUCUGGUUUCCUGGUUAGUUUUAUGGUGGAUGCCCGAGGUGGUGCUAUGCGUGGCUGCAGACACAACGGGCUCAGGAUUAUUAUUCCACCUCGGAAAUGUACCGCCCCAACACGAGUCACUUGCCGACUAGUCAAACGCCAUAGACUGGCCACAAUGCCCCCAAUGGUGGAAGGAGAAGGCCUGGCCAGCCGGCUCAUUGAAGUUGGACCUUCUGGCGCUCAGUUCCUUGGGCCUGUGAUUGUGGAGAUCCCUCAUUUUGCGGCUCUUCGAGGAAAGGAGAGGGAACUGGUGAUUCUUCGAAGUGAAAAUGGGGACAGCUGGAAAGAGCAUUAUUGUGAAUACACAGAGGAUGAAUUGAAUGAAAUUCUAAAUGGCAUGGAUGAAGUGCUUGAUAGCCCUGAAGAUUUAGAAAAGAAACGGAUAUGUCGCAUCAUCACUCGAGACUUCCCACAGUACUUUGCAGUUGUGUCCCGUAUCAAGCAAGACAGCAAUUUAAUUGGACCAGAGGGAGGUGUGCUAAGCAGUACCGUGGUAUCCCAAGUGCAGGCUGUCUUCCCCGAGGGAGCACUAACAAAGAGGAUCCGGGUUGGUUUGCAGGCCCAACCUAUGCACAGUGAACUCAUUAGGAAGAUCCUGGGCAACAAAGCAACUUUCAGCCCUAUAGUCACAUUGGAACCCAGAAGAAGAAAAUUUCACAAGCCAAUUACAAUGACAAUUCCUGUGCCCAAAGCCUCCAGUGAUGGCAUGCUGAAUGGUUUUGGGGGUGACACACCUACUUUAAGGUUACUAUGCAGCAUAACAGGUGGAACAACUCCAGCACAGUGGGAAGAUAUCACAGGGACCACACCACUCACAUUUGUCAAUGAAUGUGUUUCCUUUACAACCAAUGUGUCUGCCAGGUUCUGGUUGAUAGACUGUCGACAAAUUCAAGAAUCUGUUACUUUUGCUUCCCAAGUGUAUAGAGAGAUCAUCUGUGUACCCUAUAUGGCCAAAUUUGUAGUUUUUGCCAAAUCACAGGAUCCCAUCGAAGCACGGUUGCGAUGUUUCUGCAUGACCGAUGACAAAGUGGACAAGACCCUGGAGCAACAGGAAAACUUUGCUGAGGUCGCCAGGAGCAGAGAUGUGGAGGUAUUAGAAGGAAAACCUAUCUACGUGGACUGCUUUGGGAAUCUGGUACCACUAACAAAGAGUGGUCAACAUCAUAUAUUCAGUUUUUUUGCCUUCAAAGAAAACAGACUUCCACUAUUUGUCAAGGUACGGGAUACAACUCAGGAACCUUGUGGAAGACUUUCAUUUAUGAAGGAGCCCAAAUCUACAAGAGGAUUAGUGCAUCAAGCAAUCUGCAACUUAAAUAUCACAUUGCCACUUUAUACUAAGGAGUCAGAAUCAGAUCAAGAACAGGAGGAAGAGAUCGAUAUGACAUCAGAAAAAAACGAUGAGACAGAAUCUACAGAAACAUCUGUCGUGAAAAGCCACCUCGUUAAUGAAGUUCCCGUCCUAGCGAGCCCGGACUUGCUCUCUGAAGUUUCUGAGAUGAAGCAAGACUUGAUCAAGAUGACUGCCAUCUUGACAACUGAUGCCUCAGAUAAGACAGGCUCUAUUAAGGUGAAAGAGUUGGUGAAGGCAGCUGAUGAAGAGCCAGGCGAGCCCUUUGAAAUUGUUGAAAGAGUUAAGGAGGACUUAGAGAAAGUGAAUGAAAUUUUGAGAAGUGGAACAUGCACCAGAGAAGAACGCCUAACUCAGAAGUCAGGGACAGAAUUAGUAGAAGAAGAGUGGGUUAUUGUCAGUGAUGAGGAAAUUGAAGAGGCUAAGCAAAAGGCACCUUUAGAAGUCAUUGAAUCUCCAUGUGUAGAGGUUAGAAUAGGAAAAGGGAAAAAAGAAGAAGCUCAAAAAGACCAAACUGCAAUAGUGAAGUAUCUCACUGAUGAUCUAAAUUCCUAUGAGGCUCUUCAUGAAGUGAGGCCACAAACAGGCCAAGAUUCAGUAGGAAAGAAAUCUGGGGCUACUGUUAUUAGCAGGAGCUCAGAAAAGGAGGGACAAGCUGAGACACAGAGUACACAAGAACCACACAGACCAACCUUGGGGAUAAAGAAGCCAGUGAGGAGGAAAUUAAAAGAAAAGCAGAAGCAGAAGGAGGGAAAGUUACAAACCAGUGAAGGAACAACUGACCUUAAGAAAGGUAGCUCAGAGGAGUCAUUAGAUGAGGAAUCAGGCUUAGCGCCUGAAGCUGUCCCCAGUGUCAGAGCUGUGUCCCCAGUAAUAGAAGAAACCCCUAUUGGCUCAAUAAAAGACAAAGUAAAGGCACUUCAGAAACGAGUAGAAGAUGAACAGAAAGGUCGCAGCAAAUUGCCUGUCAGGGUGAAAGGUAAAGAGGGUAUAGCUCAGGAGGUCCCUAAAAAGACAAUUCACAGGUCACAUCUACCUGUAUCACCCUCUGCUAAAACAGAAAGACAUGCACCUGCCUCACCAUCCACUAAGACAGAUAGACAUCCUCCUGUUUCAGGCUCAACUAAAACAGAGAAACAUUCACCUAUAUCACCCUCAGCCAGAACUGAAAAGCCUUCACUUAUGUCAUCUUCUGGGAAAACAGAAAAACACCCACCUGUAUCACCAUCCAACAAAACGGAGAGACGUCCACCUAUAUCACCUUCUGGGAAAACAGAAAAACACUCAUCUGCAUCACCUUCUGGGAAAACAGAGAAGCACCUACCCAUAUCACCCUCUGGGAAAACAGAAAGACACUCUUCCAUUUCACCAUCUUCAAAAACAGAAAAACAUCCACCUGUAUCACCAUCCUCAAGAACAGAGAAACAUUCACUUGUCUCACCCUCCUCAAAAACAGAGAAACAUCCACCUGUUUCAUCCUCCUCAAAAACAGAGAAGCACCCACCUGUAUCACCCUCCUCAAAAACAGAGAAACACCCACCUGUAUCACCCUCCUCAAAAACAGAGAAACACCCACCUGUAUCCCCAUCAUCAAGAACAGAAAGACUUGAAGAGACAAUGUCAGUUAGAGAAUUGAUGAAAGCCUUCCAGUCUGGUCAGGACCCGUCAAAACAUAAAACUGGAUUAUUUGAGCAUAAAUCAGCAAAACAAAAACAGCCACAAGAGAAAGGAAAAGCCCGAAUAGAAAAAGAGAGGGGACAUGCACUAACACAGAAAGAAAGCCCCCAGAAAUCAGACAGUCAGACAAUCAAACGAGGCCAGAAAUUUCAAGCAACAGCAUCUCCUGACUCCAAGAGAGGAGCUCGGAUUUCCUCUGGAGUCAUUAAGAGAGAAGAUGUACUUAGUGGAAAGGAGAAAGGCUUGGGUCUUAAAAUAACUGAACCCACUCACUCAGUGCUUCAGGAAGAAAGUCCCAAAGACAGUGCCUUUGCAAAGGGAAAGGGAAAUGAUGAACUGGGAGACCUUGAUCUUCAGAUCAGCCCAGACAGAAAAACCUCAACUGACUUUUCUGAGGUCAUUAAGGAAGAGCUAGAAGACAAUGACAGAUACCAACAGUUUCGACAACAUGAGGACACAGAAAAGGCACAGGUCCACUUAGACCAAGUGCUGACAAGUCCAUUCAAUGCCAGUUUUCCAUCUGAUUACAUGAAAGAUGGGUUUUUACCAGCACUGACUUUACAGAGCAGUGCUUUGGAUGGCAGCUGUGAAAGCCUUAAACAUGAAGGGGUAGCUGAUUCUCCAUGUGGAAGCAUCAUGGAAGGGACACCUCAAGUUAGCUCAGAGGAAAGCUACAAGCAUGAGGGGCUAGCAGAAACUCCUGAGACAAGUCCUGAAAGCCUUUCUUUCUCACCAAAGAAAACUGAUGAGCAAACUGGGGAAACAAAGGAUGCUGUGGUAGAUGGGCCAACUGAAACCCAUUCAACAAAACAAUCUUCUACAACCAAAGACAUUGUUGAUGCUUCUGAAGAGCUACAUGCUGUAGUAGUUGACGAGUCUAUCAUGCCCACUGAUGAGUGUUCUUCAAAAGAGGCUGAUGUGGACUGUUCUAGAGACAGACAAGAAGUUGGUUGCAUGAGCACCAGCAGCUGUAGUACAAAACUAUCCAAAGAAGCAUCAGAAGAAAUCACCAAGGAAGCUGCUGUUGAAAGUCAAUUGAUGCUUGAUAGUUCAACCUCCCUAACACAAACUGGCGGUGAGGAUAAAGAAUCAACCACCAUUGAACACACCACUCUGACAGGAACUUCAGAGGUUUCUGAUACCCCAGUCCAGAAAAAAGAAGACUUGAACUCCUCUGUAAAGGAGAGUAAGGAAACAGAAUCUGAGCACCGUGGAACUGUUAGAAGCCCCCAAGGACUAGAACUUUCCCUUCCCAGCCAUGAUAGUGAAGGUCUCAGCCCUGUAGCUGAUGAGUCAUUGGCAAUCAGUCACAAAGACUCUUUGGAAGCUAGUCCAGUUCUAGAAGAUAACUCUUCCCACAAAACCCCUGAUUCUCUGGAGCCAAGUCCUUUGAAGGAAUCCCCCUGCCGUGAUUCCCUUGAAAGCAGUCCUGUUGAGCCAAAGAUGAAACCUGGAAUCCUCACAGGUCAUAUUCCAUUUCCCGCGCCCUCCUCCAAAGCCGAAGUCUUCACAGAACUAGCUUCUGUGCGUUCGAGGCUUCUUCGUGACCCUGAUGGUAGUGCUGAGGAUGACAGCUUGGAACAAACCUCUUUGAUGGAGAGUUCUGGAAAGAGUCCUCUUUCUCCUGACACCCCUAGUUCAGAAGAGGUUAGUUAUGAAAUCACCCCGAAAGCAACUGAUGCUGAUGCACCUAAGCCAGCUGUCAUCCCUGAAUGUACAGAAGAAGAUGAUUCAGAAAAUGGAGAAAAGAAGAGAUUCACCCCUGAGGAAGAAAUGUUUAAAAUGGUAACCAAGAUUAAAAUGUUUGAUGAGCUUGAACAGGAAGCCAAACAGAAGAGAGAUUGCAAAAAGGAAUGUAAACAGGAAGAGUCCUCUCCAGGCUCUGACCCAGAUGCUGACAGGACAAUUGCAGCAGAAGAAACAAAGUCUAUGGGGAGUGAGGAAAAGGAAGGGGACACACUGGUAGUAGUGAUAUCUGAAAGCAGAAAGACAUCUUCAUCUUCAGAGAGUGAGCCUGAGUUGACUCAGCUGAAGAAGGGUGUUGACUCAGGACUCCUACUGGAACCAGUUAUCCGAGUACAGCCUCCUUCUCCACUUCCAUCUGACAUAGAUUCCAAUUCUAGCCCUGAAGAAGGAUUCCAGCCCAUCGUUUCUAAGCAAUACACUUUCAAAAUGGAAGAAGAGACACAGGAAGAACCAGCAAAACCAACAAUGGACAAAGAUUCUGAACCUCUUUCACCUGAGGAAAGACAUACCAUUUCUGUUGAAGAAUCAGAGGCUCUGCAUUCUGAUCCAAUCAAGGAGAUAGAAACUGUUGGAGCAAAGACUUGUACUGGACAUGGAUGUGAACCUAGCAGUCCUACUAAGCCACACAUUCCCUUCCAUCCAGGUGUCCAAACUUUCACUAGUGAUGAAGCUGAAGAAGAUUUGGUAGCCCACAAAGAAUCAUUAAGUGAGCAGGAUAUUCUUGAGAAUGACUUAGCAGGAGAAAAACAAGAUAGCGAUUUUUCCAGAGUUGAAUCUACCAAAGUAGAUUGUCCCUGUGAAGAAAGCUCUCAGAUCUUGCCCUCAGUUUCCCACUGCUCAACAUCUGAUGAAAUGGAACAAGAUAAAGAUAUAUCUGCAAUGUCCCCAACUACAGAAGUGUGUGUGGCAAAAAGUGAUGACAGUUUUGAGAGCUCUCCCAAGACCAUUCCUACUGAAGACCCACCCAUUACUACUGAGACAGGUAAAUUGUCCCCAGGUAUUCCUGUAACUGAUUCAGUUGACACUGAUGAAUUGUAUGCUCCACAGAUCACAAGCCCUUAUGAAAAUGUCCCUUCCCAAUACUUUUUCUCUAGCGAAGAAAGUAGGACCAAAACAAUCACCAGACAAACGGGAAACUUGCUUUCCACUGAAGCUCAUUCUAUUACCAUAAAAUCCUCUAUUGAUGAUACAAUAGUAGAGAGUUCCUUUAGUGGAUCUGUUUCAAAGGAGACAUCACUUUUUGAAGACCAGUACAUGGAAAUAGAAUCAAAACAAGGAAGUUCCCUACAAACCGGUGAUACUGCCUCAUCCCUGGAAACUCCUGCCUCUGUCAGUGAGCAGAGAAGUAAAGUCAUCAUCACCAAAACUGAUGUGGAUUCUGAUUCCUGGAGUGAAAUACGGGAAGACGAUGAAGCAUUUGAGGCUCGAGUGAAAGAAGAAGAACAAAAGAUUUUUGGACUGAUGGUAGAUAGGCAGUCACAGGGUACAACGCCUGACACCACACCUGCUAGAACUCCAACUGAAGAGGGGACACCUACAAGUGAGCAAAAUCCCUUUCUCUUCCAAGAAGGAAAACUGUUUGAAAUGACCAGAAGCGGUGCCAUUGACAUGACCAAAAGAACCUAUGCAGAUGAAAGUUUCCACUUUUUCCAAAUUGGGCAGCAGACCAGCCAAGAGACAUUACCCAAAGACAUAAAAGAAGGGAUGACUACAGUGGAGCCCUCUCAGUUGGAGAGAUUACCAGAAUCAGUGGUAGAUUCUGAGGAAACAGUUGCACAAGAAACAGACUUGCCACCAGACUUGAGUGAGAAAGUAGAAGAAAAAGCUUCUGCAUAUCCUGGAGCCACCAAAGCUGAGCAGACAUCAAGAAUUCCAGUUAAAGUAGGAAUUUCAGCUUCUUCUCAAUCAACUACAAAAGAAAUUAUUUCUACAGAUGCUACAGAAGCUGAGACUUCCUCCCCUCAGGAAACUGGUGGCAUGCCCAGUGUGUCCAGCACCGCUCAGAUGCCUUGUUCUGACACCUCUGAGCCAAUCACAGAAGUUCAGUUAGAUUUUUCUACUGUCACCAGGUCUGUCUAUUCUGAACGAGAGGAUGAUUCCCCAGAUUCUUCCCCCGAGGAUCAGAAAUCUGUGAUUGAAAUACCAACUGGAGCCACAGAGAUCGUGCCUUCUGCUGAAAGCAAGUCCAAAAUUCCUGUCCGGACUCUACCAGCUUCAUCCCUAGAAUUGCCAGCCAUAGAAAGUGAGAGUUCCAUUUCUGAGGAUUCUGCACUCAGCCCAAAUGAUGAAAGUAAGAACGAUGAAACAAAACCAAAGUCUAAGAUCCCCAUCAAAGCUUCCUUCCAAAGAGUUGAGCAGCAGUUUACACACACAGAGACAUCUGACCAGCAGACAGCAACUCCUCAACCCCCAGACCCAAUAAGCAAAGGAUCUGAUAAUCGAAGUAAAUCUGAAUCUGAUGCUAGUUCUUGGGACUCAAAGACCAAGCGUUCAGUAAAAGCUAGGAGUUGUGGUGAGGUAGAAUCAGAGACCAGAGAGAGUGCAGGGGAAACCCAGUUUGAGUUAGAAACAGAUGAGGGAACUCUUCGACCAAAGACAUUUUCCUCAAGGUUGCCAGUUAAAAGCAGAAACGCCUCCUCAUCCUGCAGGUCUGUUAGUCCCACAAAAGAUAGUAAGGAACAUUUUUUUGACCUUUACAAAAAUUCUAUAGAGUUCUUUGAGGAGAUUAGUGAUGAAGCUUCCAAGUUAGUAGAUAGGCUUACCCAGGCAGAGAGGGAGCAAGAAUUAGUAUCAGAUGAUGAAAGCAGCAGUGCCCUGGAAGUUUCUGUAAUUGAAAAUGUGCUACCUGUUGAGACCGAGCAGUCAGUGCGAGAGGACAUCUUUGAUACCAGGCCCAUUUGGGAUGAGUCCAUUGAGACUCUGAUUGAGCGCAUUCCUGAUGACAAUGGCCAUGAUCAUGCUGAAGAUCUGCAGGAUGAGCAAGAGCGUAUUGAAGAGAGAUUGGCUCAUAUCGCUGAUCAUCUUGGCUUUAGUUGGACAGAAUUAGCAAGAGAACUAGAUUUCACAGAAGAACAAAUUCACCAAAUUCGAAUUGAGAACCCCAAUUCCCUACAAGACCAGAGUCAUGCAUUACUGAAAUACUGGCUUGAAAGAGAUGGUAAACAUGCCACAGACAAUAGCCUCACUGAGUGUCUAACUAAGAUCAAUCGAAUGGAUAUUGUCCAUCUAAUGGAAACUAGCACCAUGGAACCUCUCCAAGAGCGUACAAGUCGUAGUUAUGCUGAGAUUGAACAAACAAUUGCACUGGACCAUAGUGAAGGAUUUUCAGUGCUACAGGAAGAGAUGUGUACCCCACAGCAUAAGAAAGGAGAGCAAGCUAUUUCUAAAGAGCAAGAGCCAUCAUCUGACCAUCCUCCCAUUGUCUCUGAAGAGGACAUUUCUGUUGGCUAUUCUUCUUUUCAGGAUGGUAUCCCUAAAACUGAGGGAGACUUGACAGUGGAAGAGCUCACUCAACAGACUCACAAAGAAGGAGUGCAAACUGAGUUCUCAGGGAAAUUUGAAGAUUUGAUACAGGAGUCAUCUGUCGACCACCAGCAGGAAUAUUUUGUCACCACUCCAGGAACCGAACAGGAAGAAGCAAGAAAAGUUGUCCAAGUGUCUGGUUCUCUAAGCAAAACACCGGAAGAAAUUACUGCAACUUCUGAAGAAGAAAGGCUCUGCCUCCAGACCCCAACAGCUAGUGAUCAAGGAGAAUCUCCCAUUGUCCAAGAGCCUGAAGAGUUCCCAUUAAAUCAGGAAGCCAGUUCUCCAAGGAGAAGUAGUCUUGUGAUUGUAGAGUCAGCUGAUGACCAGCCACAAAAAUUUGAAAAAUUUGAAGAGGAAUCUUUUGAAAAGGGAGAUGAUAUGCCUGAAAUACCAUCAGAAACUGUAACAGAAGAAGAAUACACUGAUGAACAUGGACACACUGUAGUGAAGAAGGACAACAAUGAAUAAAGCCAGGACACAGAAGAGGACUGUGGUAAAGGACCAGCAUGGAAAACACAUUCACUUGGAACAGCUGGAGGAUGUACCAGAAGCACUCAAUCCAGACGAUCUCCAGCACGACCUCCAGCAACUUCUUAGACAUUUCUGUAGGGAGGACUGGAAGCAUGAGGCCAAAUGAGGGGCUGCCCACAUCUCAUACCAGAAACCACAUACCCACUUAGUAUGCAGCUUUCACUUUCUUCAGUAGGUGUAGUGAUCAUAAAAUUGCCUAAUUAAUGGGAUACACUGGCAUUUCUGCUUCUAUCACGCACCGUGCUUUUGGUUUUCUUCUUUUCUUUUCUUUUCUUUUGUUUUUUUAACUGUAAGCUAAUUUGUGACCAAAGAUAGUAUCCUUCAUUCUGGAUGGUUUAUCCACUAAAUUGUUGUCUUUGUGCUCUCCUGGGAACUGGCCACCUCCAUUGUUCCUUUGCUUCUGCACUAGUUCCACGAGAAUCCAUUGAUCUGGACAGCAUCAUCUGCAGACCUCUUCGAGUGACCAUGUAUAUGUUCUGAUGAAAAGAAUACUGACACAAACUGUACAUAGCUAAAGUGCUUGAACUCACAAAACUUUAAAAAAAUGUCUAUCAUGACUACACUUAUCAUCCUGGAAUAAAAGGGUUUAUAGAAAUUGCUGAACAAUGAUUAAUAAAGAUAUUGCUAACACAAUCGACUGAAAAUACAGAUCUGCUGCAAAAGCGCCCUUCCAACCUACCUUGUCCAUAGGACUUCCAGCUUAGUGACCUCUCGCCGCGAAGGGCUAAGGGUCAGGGGGUGAUCACCUGCGAGUACAGCCCUUGCUAUGAAGUACCCACUGGCCAUGCCCAGCUACACGUUAAGACUCUCUAACUGCCACUUAAAGAAUUCUAGGGGACUAAAACCAUUGGAGGAACUAAAGACAACAAUCAGAUCUCUAGCAGCUAAACUUCGUCUUAUGGCACAUUGGAACUUGAAGAUCCUUCCAAUUGGGACUCAUGGGCAGGGUGUAUUAAAUAGCUAUAACACAGUCUUUUUUUUUUUGUUCUCACUGCUUUAGCAAACCACAUUGUCUUACUGGUGGUACGUUCUGCUGGCCCACCGCACUGUAGAUAACUCAGUGGGAAACAAAGUUUACUCGCUAGACAUAAACUCCUUCACCAUGUUUGUUUGUUUUUAAUUUUCUGGAUUGCCUCUUCCCAGAUACACGCAUGUGGCAUUUAAAAUUUUAAUCCAAGAACAAAAACCCUCUUGUAAUCAUGUCGAGAGCUUAUCAUCCUUUCCUCUUAGCACUGAGUGAUCCGUUUUAAACUUCUGAUUGGGACCGUUUUCCGUUUGCAGUUGAGGUACAGAAAGUUUGAUUUCAGUUAGUAUUUUUGGUUUAUUUGUUUACAUUUUUGGCUGACACUAAGACUUACAAGAGCAUUUCUGCACUUUUUGUUUGGUUUCAAAGAAGGGAAUAGAAAAUCUGAGAAAUUUCCAUGUCCUAUCCCUUAUUCUUCUAGUGGUUGGAGCUGUGUAGUAUUUUAACAUAUAUAUAUAUAUACAAAUAUCUACAUAUAAACAAUAUAAAUUUUGAAUCAGUUAUUUGAUAAAAUAUAUUCAAAGAUGAAGGAAAAAAUGAGUCAGUCCUCCAGGGACUGAAAAAUUUCCAAUCCUAUCUGGUCUUUUCCUGUUGUGUGGGGAAAAAAAAAUGACUCACUCCUCCCUCUGAAAGUAAAAAAAAAAUAAUAAUGAUAAAAUAAAUAACAAAGGUGGCAUACAAUGGCACUUGAUCACUAAAGUAACAAUGCCAAGAGGAAAAAAAAAGCCUUUCUUGGGAGGCAAGGCUGCUCAGAGGCCAACCCCCCAAGACUCCUGUACUAGCACUUUUUGGCAGUCAGAUAGGAAAUAAAGUGUUCUUUGGCACUCACAAUGAGAGAGGUCCAGGGUAGAACAUUGAGGACACACCAUGGCUUUCUUCUUGUCAAGGACAGCAUUGGUUGACUUUUAAUGGAGCUCAAGAAAAGCAUUUCUGUUGUGUUACUUGCGGUGCAGAUGAUGUCUGUGUAACAACAUAAUGGUUAUUCACCUUUUUUGAUUUUGGUUUUUUGCUGUGUUAUCAAAGAACUUGAAUACUGUGAGAAAAAAAAAAGUGAAUUUUAAGUUGAUGAAUCAGCAUCUUGUUCCCAUGGUGAUAACACCAAUUGAAUAUAUCUAUGAGGGCAUGUAUUAGUUAAAGGAAAAAAAUACAACACUAACAACACAUAGCUGCAAUGUGUACAAUGGCUGAUUUAAUUAAAUAAAAUGUACAAGUGUUAAAUGUA